UGUACUUACAUUAAUACCAACAUCACAUAAUAGUCAAUAAUAACACUCUAUUUAAGUCUUGUUUUUUUGCUUGUUUUCCCUUGUCUAUCUAACUUUGGAAACAACUCUAAACCUAGCAGCAUGACUGAAGAAGCAGCAAUGGCGAGCAAUGAUAAGGUAGCAACGGCGAGCUUUCGGUCUUACGAGAUAAUGCUGCGGAUUCUGGUGUUUCUGUUUACGUUCGUUGCUGCUGUAUUGGUCUGUGUUGAUAAACAGACUAAGCGUAUUUACGGGGUUCCUUUUACUGCUAAGUGGCAAAAUCUCUCAGCCUUAGUGUUUUUUCUGAUAUCGAACAACAUAGCUUGGUUAUAUGCAGCAGGAUCUGUAAUAUAUGCCAAGGCCGCUGGUAGCAAAAACAGCAAAGGAAAACUUGUGGUGAUGCUACUGGAUUUGAUGAUAUUAGGAUUGCAAUUCUCCGCGAUUGGAGCGGCCACCGCUGUCGGAGUGCUCGGCCAAUAUGGAAACUCGCACACAAAUUGGCAUAAAGUCUGCUAUGUGUUCUCUGCUUUCUGUGAACAGAUGUUAGCUGCUCUUAUAUUGUCUAUUUCUGGAACUUUUGUGCUUCUUUGGCUUGUGGUUAUUGCUGUUUUUCACUUAUAUAAAGGGUCAAUCAGGUAGGUUUGUGAUUAAUUCUGCUCAAAAAGGAAAAAGUUUGGUGUGUAUUAUGUAUUUUGUCACAAAUAGGGACACCUAUAUCAGAAAAUGCUUGUUCUGUUUACCUCAUUUAUAAUGUCAAAUUAAGACUUAUUUACAUUUCCUUGA